UUUUACCAGCACUGGUGUUAUUCUGCGGCAUAAUGUGCUCCGAUUCCUACCAACGUUUUAUAAACGAUACCAGACCACAAAACUAAUAUUUUAAAUCAUUGAAGACAUUUGGGGAAAAGAUGUGAUUACCGGUGCUUCUUAUGUUAUUCGUAGCAGAAAGUCGGUCAAAUAUCACGUGCAAAUGAUUUUCUUUCAGGACUUCUUUUCUCUGUGUUUCGUUUAGCCGUUUGGAGAGCAAAGUUCAGCUGUUGGAGUCUCAGCAGAGAGGAGAGCUGGAGGACAUGAGAGUGGAGAAGAACCGGCUGCAGUCUGUGAUCAGGACUCAGAUGGUGGCCAUUGACUCCUUAGAGAGGCAGCUGAGAGUCGCCACCAGCAACAACACGGCUCUGCAGAAGCAGCAGGCUCAGCUGAUGGAGUCAGUCCACACGCUCAUCGACAUAGUGGCCACGACCACCGGGUCUCCUCCUCAGAGCCAGAUGUGGAAGGACUGUGCAGAUGCUUACAAGGCUGGUCGCUCUGCCAGCGGCCUGUAUCAUAUCUACAUCGGUAACAGGACAGAACCUGUGCAGGUGUACUGUGACAUGGAGACGAACGGCGGCGGCUGGACAGUCUUCCAGCGGCGCUUUAACGGCAGCGUGGAUUUCCAGAGGAGCUGGAGGGAGUACAAAAUGGGUUUUGGGGACGUGUCGGGGGAGCACUGGCUGGGUAACGAAGUUUUAUACCUGCUGACCAGUCAAGGCCAGUACUCUCUGAGAGUGGAGCUGCAGGACUGGGAGGGGAGUUCUGCACAUUCCCAGUAUGACCGCUUUACACUGGCCAGCGAAAGACAGCAGUACAGGUUGUAUCUGAGAGGUUACAGCGGUACAGCAGGAAGGCAGAGCAGCCUGAUCACCCACGGCGCCGGCUUCAGCACCCGAGAUCAUGACAACGACAACUGCGACCACUGCAAAUGUGCCUUGAUGCUCACUGGAGGUUGGUGGUUUGACGCCUGUGGCUUCUCCAACCUAAACGGGAUCUACUACACAGUCGGCCACAACAUCAGAAAGCUCAACGGCAUCAAGUGGCACCACUUCAGGGGCCCCAGCUACUCCCUGCGCUCCACCACAAUGAUGGUCCGACCUUACGACUUCUAAAAAGACCGCUCCACAUUCAAGACACCUGAUGUUGGGCAACGACCGUCCAAGCAUCUAGAUUCUGCUAAAAAAAAGAAAAGAAAGAAAACAUUCCUAAUAAUGUUGCUAACUUGUAACUUGUAGCAAUGAGCCUCAGCUUCUGCCUCAUGGUGCAACCCUGGUGCAUCCCCUGCUGGAUCUAACAUGGUACAGUCCCCCAAUUCAAGACCAACAACUGAUCCACUGUCAAACCCCUGCAGCCUAAAUAACUUUCAUCUUACAGGCUCUAGACUCAUGAGAGAUAAAACGUAAUAAAAAGAUUGUUUCAGUUUAUCGAAGUUCAUAUUUUAGAUUUCCUGAUAGCAGGACACAUUUGUACGUUGCUUUUGAAGCCACCGGUGUUGUUACAGUUGCUUGUGUACAUUUCCAAAGACAUGAAUUGUGUUAAAAUAUGAUGUUUGAUUAAAAGGAAAAAAAUAAUCUGUGCCUUUCACAUCUUGUGCUGCUCAGACAGGACGGCCUGCUAGUUGUUUUUCUGAUUUAGAAAGAGGUCUUCACAGUGUCCUUCCACACACACAGUUGACAGGUAAAGGCAGGGUAAGAUGCUUCAGCAUCCUGGGUCAAAAUUCUGCCAUAGUCGUUUUCCUAAGCAAAGCAGAAAACAAAGUGUAGCUUGUAAAUGAUGAGCUUUUGAUUGAAGAGCCUGGCUGCUCAUUUUCUGCACCGCCCAGGGUCAGUCAGUCAUCAGACUUUUUUAAGUGAAGUCAGUUAAAGCAUCACUGCAAUGAUGGUGGGGGUAAAGGGAGGAUGUAUAAUGUCUUUAUGAGCAGACCAGAGGAUGAAAAAAUGUGAUAUCUUCGGCUGUUUGAUACAGACAAUGUGGUCCAACAUCAUGUUUAUUAUCUACAAAUGUAUCUAAAAAAAGAUUACAAUAUCAUCAAAAGUUAUUUUAUUCAGGUAAUUUAAUUCAAAAAGUGAAACUCAUGUAUUAUUUAAAAUGGUUGAUUCUGUGAUUACAGUUUACAGCUAAUGAAAGCCCAAACGUCAGUGUUCCAGAUCAUUUCAAGAUAAUCCAGGAUUGAUGAGAUGCUGAUUGGGUGAAAAGUGUCUCCAUGUGGUGUACAAUACAUGCUUGGUUGUGGCAUUUGUGCAUGAAUUACUGCCGCCAUUGCUGCUGACACACUGGUCAGGGUCACCAGCUGAUUUGUUGAUGCAGCUCUAUGUGUCGUUGUUGUUUCUGUUUCUUGUUUGUUUUUUUACCUCCAAGAGAAAUUAUUAUAUGUUUUUGUAAUUUGUUUUAACUGUCUAAGCAUAAAUUGACCCAGUCAAAAUACAUCUACAUUGAAAUGAUUAAGGUUUCAUUUAACAAAGUUCUACCAAUUUUACAAAGCAUCUUACUUUUUUUUUUUUUUUUUUAUAAAACUCACAAACGGUAACCAUUUAAUCUACGGUUGGUAUUCUUUUGUCACAGAAGCACAACAAAGCGUCAAAGCAAUGGAUAUACAUUUAUUUGUGCAAUCUAAUAAAGACAACAAUAAAGACACAGAAAUCAUAUUUAUCUAAAACUAAGUAAAAACAUUAAAUUAAGGUUAGUAGAAACAGUUUAGGGUGGCAGUAACAAGUUUCAGUUCGACAGACAAUUUACAAGAUCUCUGUUUCUGAUGUGUUUCUGAAAUGACAGUAAAUAUAUUCCAACUUGUACCCAAGCUGUGAGAAUGUCAGCGACAACAGAUUUUCUACAGGCUUCGUUGAUGGCAGUGAUGCCAACCAGGUAUUGGUAGUUUUGGCACUGUGGCCAAGGGCCAAGUCCAUUAAAAAAUUUAUUCAGUUUAGAUAUUGUGAGCAAAAGGAAACAUAGUGCUCUCGAAUGUCAUGGUAGAUGGCUCCUCUGGCUUUAGACUGGAUAAAAACACAAUGGGACCAAGACCAACAAAUGACAUGACUUCACACAGAAUCUCAGGCAGCUUGAACUCUGCACUUCUCUUUUUUUCCCGCCAACUAUGAGACCUUGAUUUCCAAAAGAAAUGAAAAAUAAGUGCUUUGGUCCACUGAGACACAGUCCAGUCCGUAUUCUAGUGCAGUUAAGAUGCUUUUGACAUAUGUGAGUCAGGAGUGGCUAUGACUUUGUGUGUGUUCAUGCCUUGUGAAUCUACCACAAACUCUGGUGCUUGUGCACCUUUUUCAACCAUGUUUGAUUCCUUCCACUUAACUUUCUGUUAAUAUAUUGGUAUACACACUCUGAGAACUUCCAGCUUCUUUAGCAAUGACCUUUUGCGGCUCACUCUCAGUGACUGACCGUUGAAUCGUUUUAAUUUAUUUCUAUUAUUAUUUCAAGUUACAUUAGCUGUAAGCCAUAUUCCUCAAAUGAAUACCUGAAAUAUAUUACUAUCUGGGUAAUGGAUCUACAUAAAAUAUGAGGUUCACUUUUUGAAAUAAAUGAAUCAACUUUGCAACGAUUUUGAACUUUUUGCCUGCACCAGUGCAGGCUAAAAGGUUUUUGUCUUUCCUUGAGGAAAAAUGUUGCUGACAAAAUGCUGUUAAACUGCACAGAAUAUUGUGGACAUUGUCAAACUGCCACCAGAUUUAUUAAAAGAGCCACAAGCAUUAAAAUAAAUGACGGAUAGAUAAAAAAGAAGAAAAACUGCUGCAUGAAUGAAGCUUCUCUUUUAAAAUCACAAAGUAUAUGGGAAUCCAAGGUACUCUGUGCUACUUUUAUGUCUACAGUAAAAGUGUGCAUCUAUUGGCACCAAAGAGUUUGUGGACAAAGAUGCUGAUAAGAAGAUUUGAUGCAAAAACACGCCUUAACACACCAGGAACAAAGGAAAGAAGUGAAGACAAUGGGGGGAGGAGGAUCGAGUUGAUUUGAUGCCAGAGCAUCAGGAGGCUGCAACAGAUGUUCAUCCAGAAAAAGGAAGUGAUUCUUAAAGAGUGUUCUCAUUCUGGGCUCUGGUUUCCUUCAGAAGGUGGCUGACUCUUACUGCCCUGGAGAAAGUGCCAAAUACACAUCUCUAUGUGCAGCAGGACUAAACAAGGAGUGUGUUGUUGCUCAUAAGAGUCAAACAAAUAUGAGAGUUUCUUCUGAGAUGCCAAAAACAGACUAAUGGACACAAUUGAGUGCAUCUCAAACCCUGAUUACUGUGUACAAUCCCUGUAUAGGAAACAACUAACAGACACACUGUAAAUAAAUGGAAACUGAUCAGUAAUUGUGUGGCAGGUUAAUGGAGGUCUUGCAGCUGUAAAGUUGCUGACUGCUGCGGUUUCCGCUUAUUGUUCAGGAAACAUAAGCACGCGAACAGUUUCUUUUCAUGCAAUUAUCAAGUGAUAUGGCAACACUUACUGGACACUGAUAGAAGGAGGAGAGCUAAGUAAUCAGGAAAGAAGCAAAUCAUCUGUAUAAGCGAACCGGGAGUGCAAGCCAAAUCCAAAUCAAUCUUUUUCUUCCGUGUUUUAUGUUGGGUAGAAAUUCUGGGCAAUGAAAUUAGAAAAGAACAAAUAAAUGACAGAUGUUGGAAUUUGAUGGGGUCCAGAUCCUGAAGCAAAUAAAUGUUGCUUUGAUUAUUACCUAAUCUGAACAAUCUGGGCAUGUUCUUGUUUCUUGCUGAGGUCUGCAUUUUAUUACGGCCUCUGGAUUAAUACUCUCAUGGCACUCAUUCAGAUAAUAAAUAAAACCAAGAACAUA